AACAUCCCCAAUUGACCAUUUCUUAAACCCUCUCCAAUGGAACAACCACUGACCCCAAACUCCAACCCCCAAAAACCCACCAAAUCCACAGACCCAAAUGCCCUCAAGAGAAAGCUGCCCACCCCACAAGAGCUCGUCUCCCACUAUGAGUCCCAAGGGAUGGACACCCAAGAAGCCUCCCUCAAGGUCAUAGGGGACCUCCAGACUGCCCUGUUUAGGGUCAUAUCCUCUGGAAGAGGCAGAAAGGACAAGCUUUUGGCUGAGACUGCAAGAAAGGCUGACACCACCAACAACAGCCUUGCCAUUUUGAACAUGAAGCUUGACUCCAAGCCUGGCUAUGGUGAGUCUUUUGCUAUUGGGGUUGCUUCUGGGCUCACCUUGCAAGGCAUUGGGAGUGUUCUGCCUCAUGUAAUCAAGGGUUUUGGGGAUAUCUGGAAUUCUGUUAGGAAUGUCAAUAAGGAACAUCCUUGAAUGGGUUUUGUUUCUUGGGUUUGUGUAAUUCCUUACUUGUUUUCAAUGUGGGAUGUUGAGUUUAUUGGGGUACUUGAAUAUGUAAGGGAGUUGUGUGGGAAAUUGUGUUUUAUUGAUGUGAAAUGAGGGUAAUUUUCCCAUUGGAAAGUUGAGGUUACUUUUGUUUUGGUCUAGCAGAGUACAAUUGUAUGUGGUGAUG